UUCUGGCGUUGGGCUAGGGGCAGGAGAGUGACCAUAGGCUCAGUGACCCCCGGCGGCUGCGUGGAGCGGGUCUGACUACCAAGCCGGGCGCAGGCGGGUGGGGUGCAGCCUGCGCCGGGUCCUGGCAGGCGGCGAGGCUGGGGCUGACUCCUGUCUCGGGAUGCCGGGGGAGGAGGAGCGAGCCUUCCUGGCCGCCCGCGAGGAGCUGGCGAGCGCCUUGAGGAAGGAUUCUGGGCAGGCGUUUUCCCCGGAGCAACUCCGGCCACUACUGGCCUCCUCUCUGCCACCAGCCGCCCGCUACCUGCAGCUGGAUGCCGCACGACUGGUCCGCUGCAACGCGCAUGGAGAGCCCCGAAACUACCUCAACACACUGUCCACGGCCCUGAAUAUCCUGGAGAAAUAUGGUCGCAACCUUCUCAGCCCUCAGCGACCCCGCUACUGGCGCGGUGUGAAGUUUAAUAACCCUGUCUUUCGCAGCACGGUGGAUGCUGUGCAGGGGGGCCGGGAUGUGCUGCGAUUGUAUGGCUAUACAGAAGAGAGGCCAGAUGGAUUGAGCUUCCCCGAAGGGCAGGAGGAACCAAAUGAGCACCAAGUUGCUACAGUCACACUGGAAGUAAUGCUGCUUCGGACUGAGCUCAACCUGCUGUUGCAGAAUACUCAUCCAAGACAGGAGGCACUGGAGCAGCUGCUUAAAGAAGAUGAUUUGCUGCAGCUUUCAGAGUUUGACCCCCUACUGAGGGAGAUUGCUCCUGGCCCCCUCACCACACCUUCUGCCUCAGGCUCCACUCCUGGUCCCUGCUUUCUCUGUGGCUCUGCCCCAGGCACACUGCACUGCCCAGACUGUAAACAGGCCUCAUGUCCAACCUGUGACCUCUUGUUCCAUGGACACCCAUCCCGUGCUCAUCAUCUCCGUCAGACCUUGCCUGGGGCCCUCCAGGCCACCCACUUAAACUCUAGUUUACCUGCUUCAUCCCAACCACGGCCCCACUCAACCUCCUUGCUGGCCCUGGGAGACAGCUCUCUUUCUUCCCCUGAUCCUGCAAGUGCCCAUUUGCCCUGGCACUGUGCUGCAUGUGCCAUGCUAAAUGAGCCUUGGGCAGUGCUCUGUGUGGCCUGUGAUUGGCCCAGAGGCUGUAAGGUGUUGGGACUGGGGAUUGAGGGUCCCCAAGAAACUAGGGGCCUAGAACCUGAGCUUGCACGGGGCCGGUGGGCCUGCCAGAGCUGUACCUUUGAGAAUGAGGCAGCAGCUGUGUUAUGUGCCAUAUGUGAGCGACCUCGGCUAGCCCAGCCUCCCAGCUUGGUGGUGGAUUCCCAUGAUGCUGGCAUUUGCCCACAGCCCCUUAAGGGUGAUACUUUACUCUCCUCUGCCCAGACUCAAGUCUGGUACUGUAUUCACUGUACCUUCUGCAACUCGGGCCCUGGCUGGGUGUGUACUAUGUGCAACCGGACCAGCAGCCCCAUCCCAGUACAGCAUGCCCCCCAGCCCUAUGCCAGCGCUUUGGAAAAGGGACUCCCAAAGCCUGGGCCCCCACGACGCCUCAGUGCUCCUCUGCCCAGUUCCUGUGGAGACCCUGAGAAAAAGCGUCAAGACAAGAUGCGGGAGGAAGGUCUCCAGCUUGUAAUCAUGAUCCGGGAAGGGGAAGCUGCAGGUGCCUGUCCAGAGGAAGUCUUCUCAGCUCUACAGUACUCAGGCACCGAGGUGCCCCUACAGUGGUUGCACUCAGAGUUGCCCUACGUACUGGAGAUGGUGGCUGAACUGGCUGGACAGCAGGACCCCAGACUGGGAGCCUUUUCCUGCCAGGAAGCCCGGAAAGCCUGGCUGGAUCGUCAUGGUAACCUUGAUGAAGCUGUGGAGGAGUGUGUGAGGACCAGGAGGAGGAAGGUGCAGGAGCUCCAGUCCCUGGGUUUUGGGCCUGAGGAAGGGUCUCUUCAGGCAUUAUUCCAGCAUGGGGGUGAUGUGGCACGGGCCCUGACUGAGCUACAGCGCCAGCGCCUAGAGCCCUUCCACCAGCGCCUCUGGGACAGUGGCCCUGAGCCCACCCCCUCCUGGGAUGGGCCGGACAAGCAGAGCCUGAUCAGACGGCUUUUGGCGGUCUAUACACUCCCCAGCUGGGGCCGGGCAGAGCUGGCACUGUCACUACUGCAGGAGACACCCAGGAACUAUGAGUUGUUGGAUGUGGUAGAGGCUGUGAGGCACAGCCAGGAUCGGGCCUUCCUACGUCGUCUGCUUGCCCAGGAAUGUGCUGUGUGUGGUUGGGCCCUGCCCCGCAACCGGAUGCAGUCCCUGAUUUCCUGUGAGUGCACCAUCUGUCCUGACUGCUUCCGCCAACACUUCACCAUUGCCUUGAAGGAAAAGCACAUCACAGACAUGGCGUGCCCUGCCUGUGGUCGUCCUGACCUCACUGAUGACACACAAUUACUCAGCUACUUUUCCACCCUUGAUAUCCAGCUCCGAGAGAGCCUAGAGCCAGAUGCCUAUGCACUGUUCCAUAAGAAGCUGACUGAGGGUGUGCUGAUGCGGGACCCCAAGUUCUUAUGGUGUGCUCAGUGCUCCUUUGGCUUCAUCUAUGAACGUGAACAGCUAGAGGCGACAUGUCCCCAGUGUCACCAGACCUUUUGUGUGCGCUGUAAGCGUCAGUGGGAGGAGCAGCACCGAGGACGGAGUUGUGAGGAUUUCCAGAACUGGAAGCGCACCAAUGAUCCAGAAUACCAGGCCCAGGGCCUGGCAAUGUAUCUUCAGGAAAAUGGUAUUGACUGUCCCAAGUGCAAGUUCUCAUAUGCACUGGCCCGAGGAGGCUGCAUGCACUUUCACUGCACCCAGUGCCGACACCAGUUCUGCAGCGGCUGCUACAAUGCCUUUUAUGCCAAGAAUAAAUGUCCAGACCCUAACUGUAGGGUGAAAAAGUCCCUCCAUGGCCACCACCCUCGAGAUUGUCUCUUCUACUUACGGGAUUGGACUGCUGUCCGACUCCAGAAGCUGCUACAGGACAAUAACGUCAUGUUUAAUACAGAGCCUCCAGCUGGGGCCCGGGCAGUCCCUGGAGGUGGCUGCCGAGUGAUGGAGCAGAAAGAGGUUCCCAAUGGGCUCAGGGAUGAAGCUUGUGGCAAGGAAACUCCACCUGGCUAUGCUGGCCUCUGCCAGGCACACUACAAAGAAUAUCUUGUGAGCCUCAUCAAUGCCCAUUCAUUAGACCCAGCAACCCUGUAUGAGGUGGAGGAGCUGGAGACAGCCACUGAACGCUACCUGCACAUACACCCCCAGCCAUUGGCUGGAGAGGAUCCCGCUGCCUACCAAGCCCGCUUGUUAAAGAAGCUGAUGGAAGAGAUGCCCUUGGGACAGAGUAUCCCCCGCAGGAGGAAGUAGCUGAGGGCAAGGGUCCUGUUAAGGUCCCACAGUCCUGUUUGCUCAGAAACAGCUCCAGCACCAAUAAAGAGGCAUCUUAUUGCCCAGGCUUCUUGGUGGUCCUUCUUCCUGGCCCCACCAUCUAGGGGCACCUGGGAAAAGGGGGGGUAAACAAAGUUGUGCUGAAAGGGCCCCCUGCAGCCUACUCUCUGACCUACCCUGGACUCGGGGCCAGGAAGAAAUUGUUCAUGGGUGGACAAGGGAGGCCCUCCCCAUCCAACCACCUGGCUGAGAAUUCUUCCUUUCCUGCUUUCCUUUCAUCAAAUUCGGCUGGUAUUUGAGGUCACCUAAAGUGUACAAAGCAGACACUAGGAGAACACAGACACACAGAUGCCUCCGUAAGGAAGCAGCAGUAUCAUAUAGAGAAAGUUAAGAUACCAGCAAGUAGUGUGUGUGGGAAGAAGAGGACAGCCAGGCAGGAGCUGAGCCAACCUAAAGGGGCCCUCCUACUAACAGUGAACUGUGACAGUGAGAUUCUUGGAUGCUGCUUCCCUCUGGUGGUAACUGAUUGCCCUGCAACUCAGACCACGUGAUUUCUGGGAAAAGGACCUCUUCC